GCCCCGCGCGGGAGUCGCAGGCCUCUCUACCGCCUGAUAUUAUAUUCUGGAGCACGCCCGCCUUACCUCCGCGCCAGAUAUUUCGAGUGCUACUUCUAACACCUAUGAACUUAUCUAGUCUCCGUCACACUAGUCGCUCGGUGCAGCCGCUUGCAUCGUUAAUAAACGGCCAUCGCAUCAGUGAUAAGAUAAUACACAACUCGUAUGGAGUAGCCUCGCUCUGAAAAUUUAUUACUUCAUGUGCAAUUUCGGUGAUUUUGUAGGAGGAUAAAAUCGAAUAUCAAUGAUUUGUUAAGUGCCGAGGUAAACAUUCAAGAUGAAGGUGGAGGAUACUACCACUGAAGGUAUUCGUGGGUGGGAAUGUACGCCAACUGAAGGCCAGCCUGAUGUUGCAGAUUCUUCAGAAAAACCCACCAAGCCAAAAUGCAUACCAGUUGUUCUGAGAGAAGGAUGGCGACGCACAUCAUUAUAUGCAAUCGUAAUAUUUCUAAUGGUUUUAAUCUUUUUGAAUAUUGCAUUGACACUUUGGGUUAUAAGUACUUUAAGACUGACCAAGAAUGGUAUUGGCCCAAUUACAAUAACAAAGGAUGGUAUUAAAUUAGACGGUAAAGUAUGGAUGGUAGACGACCUAAUUGCCUCAGCAAUAACGACGCAAACCGCUCAGCCAAUAACUCUACAUUCACAUCGAAAUUUCACUGUUCUCGUAACUGAGCCCGAUCGCAAAGAGCAAGCCAAGUUCGUUAUAAAGAGAGAUGCAGUCGAGUGUACGGGUCGUGUGUUCGAAGUGCAUGAUGCACGUGGAGGAAAUAUAUUCCAUGCUUCGAAGGAAGAAGUUCGAGUGUUCGCAGAAACAUUGGCAGCUGAUGGACCGGGGGGUGUUGGUGUAAGAAGCGCGUUGCAAACCCCAGUGUUACGCGCGCCGCCAGGAUUUGAUUUACACUUAGAAUCGCUGACACGGCGAUUGGAUCUGAGGGCACCACAGUCCAUAUAUCUAGAGAGCAGAGCCGGUGGCAUCGAAAUAACAUCACAUAGCAACAUCAAACUUGAAUCCGCUGUGGGCGCGAUUAAAAUAGACGCUCCGAAUAUAAUCAUUAAUAAUCUAAAAGAGGCAACACACACUGAGAACCCACAGAAAAACGCAAGAAGCAAAAAGGUUUACCAGUUAUGUGCCUGCGCGUCUGGAAAGCUAUUUCUAGCACCUCCUGACACUUUCUGCUCUCAGCGUGAUUCCGACACAGAGCUGUGUCGAUGAUAAGACUUUAUAUUAAUAUUAAUCAACACUGCAAAAGCAAAUGUGAGAAAAUUCCACACGAUCAAGAUCGCACGUCACUGGAAAAUAAUAUAAAUAAAAAAUAUCAAAUACAUAACCAGUCUAAUAUCAUUCGAGAAUAUUGUAAAUUAUUGUACAUAUUCUUUUUUUUUUACUGACACAUUUAUUAACGAAACUAGUCAAUUUAAAGUAUUUAAGUAGAAUACAAGUAUUUAAUAGAUCACACACGCAUUUACUGGAGAAAGCCUCUUCGAAUGAACACGAUGAAGUCCAUUGUAAUAUCAAUGAUAUUCUGAAGCGUAAUUGCGAUCAGUGUGUUACGUAGGUAAUCAAUCUUGUUGGAAAAGCAAACGUCGGUGUGCGGCGACCGCGGACACCGCGGGCUUCGCUACCCGAGUAAUUACACCAGCGCUCUAAUUGAAGCCACAACGACGACGCUUUUUAAAUAUUUUCUAAUGCGAAAAAACAUUACAAUUGUAUCUGUUACUUGUUGUAUUGUAACAAGAUUG